AUGGUGCAGUCGGCGACCGGUGGCUAUGACGGGUCCAUGCUCAACGGCCUAAAUAUCUUACCUUCGUACACGGAUUAUUUCAAUCUCAAUGCCGCAACUACCGGUCUCAAUACUGCUUCCGUCUUCAUUGGCGGUUUCUUUGGACCUCUCGUCUCUGGGAUCAUUGCAGAUCGAUAUGGUCGGCGCCCAGCCGUAUUCUGGGGCUCAGUAUUGACUCUAGUUGGUAUCUUGCUUCAAACCGCUGCACAGAAUAUAGCGAUGUUUGUUGUCGCCCGCAUUGUCCUGGGAUUUGGCUCAGCUGUUUCUGGUAUUGCCGGCAGUGUCUAUCUGGCAGAGACGUUUCCAAGCAAGUAUCGCGCGUGGGGUGUUGGGACCGUUCUGCUGACUCUUUUACAUUGUCGGCGCUUUGAUCGCGGCUGGCAUAACUCUCGGAACAGGUCAAUGGCAGUCAACAUGGGCGUGGAGAGCACCUUCGUUGUUCCAGGGUAUCUUUUCACUCUUGUGCAUUAUCAUAUUGCCAUUCAUACGAAUGCCAAUGGGGAGCUCAGCGAUCCCGUUGUGCUUGCAGUAUACAAGGAGAUUGUCGACACUCUCAAUUGGGAAAAGGAGAACCUCAUGACGUUCAAAGAAACUAUCAAAAAUCCAAUCUCAAGAAAACGCCUUCUUAUAGGUAUGUCGCCGGGGCCUUUCUCUUGCAUUGCGGGGAACAUCAUUGCCUCAUACUACCUUGGUCCUGAGCUGGAUACCGCUGGUAUCACAAAUUCGAAUGACCAGCUGAAGGCGAAUGUCGUGCUCAACGUAUGGUGUCUUGCGUGCGCCCUCGGUGGUACACACCUAGCUGCUCGAUGGGGCCGCAAGCCUACUGCGAUACUUUCCCAGUGUCUGCUAAUAAUAUGCCUGUUCAUUAUUGGAGGGCUAUCAAAAAUGUAUGCCGACAAUCCUGAUGGGGCAUCCCACAGCCUGGUCUAUGGAGACGUCGCGGUCAUGUUCUUGUUCCAAGGGUUCUACUCGAUUGCAUGGACACCAUUGCUCUACCUGUACCCGCCUGAAAUUAUGAACUAUGCAAUUCGGGCGAACGGGCUUGCUUUCUCAUCCUUCAUGCUGAAUGCUCUCGCUGUCCUCCUUGUAUUUAUCAUGCCAAUAGGCUUGAACAACAUUGGGUGGAAAAUGUACAUAAUUAACGGCUCGUGGGAUAUAAUUGUUGUGGUGCUCAUUGUGGUCUUCUGGGUUGAAACGAAAGGCCGAACUCUCGAAGAAAUCGAUGCCGUCUUCGAAGGACACAAGCACUCCGAUGUACCAGAUGUGGAAUUGGUUCGUACUGGAAAGGCGUAUAUCGACGUCGGCAAAGUGGAGCGUGAAAUCAGCACUGUUAUGGAAACUACGAAACUAGAUUAA